AUGUAUGACUUGGAGCCAACGAGAGCAUUUCGCGAGGAAAACCACGACCUUGAAGCCAAACCAAGGACUCUAAGAAAUCUAUUGAAGAUUGUUGUCAACGAGUUCCCCGAAGAUACGUUUUACGAUGGCGGGCGUAUCCUGUACUCCUUGAAGAAGUUGGAUGGUGUGGGUGCGGAAAGUGUAAAGCGUUUGGUUCCCGUGGCUGACCCACUUGAGCGCGAUGACUUAUGGUUGGAAUACACCAUACAGGAAGUGAAGCGCAUCUCCGCCUCAAGUAUAUUUGAGUACUUGAAUAAUCCCUACGCGAGAACGUCCGAGAUCCCACAAGACGCCAUCAACAUGGUGGAUAAUCUUCUGAAGUGGGUGAACCGCAAGACAUUUGUCAAUUUCGGUCGGUCCGCCAUGUUCUUUCCCGACCCCAAACAGAGAGUGGAUCAGAAGUUAUUCGUGAUUCACUCUGGUUUCAUGUUUAGCGUUCGACCACAGUGGAAAGUAAGGAUGAACAUCGAUAUGGUUCAUAAGGCGUUUUUCCCUACUGGAAACUUGGCUGACAUUUUGUAUGCCAAAUAUGAGGAAUCAAUCUAUGAUCAACGCAACUGGCCAAUGAUGCUCGCUGAUAUUAACGGGAUACGUGUAGAAGCGGAUCACUAUAAGACUGAAAAAGGUAAAAGCUACAAGAAACGGUUCACGGUGUUUGGGCUUUCACCGGAUUCCGCGGAGCGAGAAAUGAUACCAGAGCUGAAAAUUAGUAUAAUGGCGUACUUUGAUAAGCAGUACUCCAUUAAGCUUAAAUACCCAGAACUUCCUUGCAUAAAGACGAAAAAGGAUAAGAACGAGUAUAUUCCAAUGGAAUUGUUAACUGUUUUGCCCUAUCAAAAUCCAAAUGCUGACAAGGGAGACAUUGCAAGCGCCGUCAUUCGUUGCGCCGCUGUUAGACCCGGAGACCGAUUCAAGGAACUGGACUCAUUCGUGAAUCAAUUUAUGAGAAACCAACACUGUCUGCUGAAGCAGUUCAAACUGAAACUCCCAAAUUCAAAACCUGUAACAGUGGAUGCGAGAGAGCUGCCACAGCCAACGGGGCAGUUCCAAGGUGCGCCAAUGUCUCUUGGCAGAGGCAAGUGGAAUCCUCUAAAAUUCUACCGUCCCGCAUCUGGCCAGGUGACUUGGGCAGUCUUCGCAACUCCUGUCUCCAGAUUCUCACAGCAGGGAAUAAGUACGGUGCUGCGUGAACUUCCACGCGCCGCGAACAACUGUGGCUUGGACAUAAAUGGGAAAUUAGGUGGCACCAAUUGGUUGGUGAACAGUUUGAAAAUUGACGACAAGUUGAUGAUGGUGAUGGGUGCUGACGUGACCCAUCCGGCUCCGACUGGUGGCAACCGCGAACUCAGCAAGUCAGUCGCCGCUGUCAUUGCGUCGAUUUCGCCAGACCUCAUGCAAUAUGCGGCCGUCGUAAGACAGCAAGACCGAGUUAGAAUAAAGGACAAGGCCACUCGUGAGGUGAUUGACGCAAUGGAAUUAAUUGUGACAGAUUUGCUGAAUGUUUUUGGCAAGCAUAACAAUCGACUUCCGGAUAAAAUAAUCUUCUAUCGAGACGGCGUGUCCGAAGGCCAAUUCGAGACGGUGUUGCGGGAGGAAUUAACUGCAAUUCAGAAGGCAUGCGCCUCUCUGCAACAGGGUUACGAGCCUGGUGUUACGUUUAUCGUGGUGCAGAAACGCCAUCACAUCCGCUUUAACCCAACAGAUCCAAGAGCGCGAAAUGUCAACCCAGGCACUGUGGUAGACACGCACAUCACGCAUAAACGCGAAUUCGAUUUCUACCUCUGUUCACAAGAGGGCAUUCAGGGAACCUCAAAACCUGCGCAUUACCACGUGCUCUACGAUGAUAACAACUGGAGCUCGAAUGCUUUACAAUCCUUCACGUACUACCUGUGUCAUGCGUACAUGCGUUGUUGCCGGAGUGUAUCCUACCCGGCACCCACGUUCUACUCACACCUGGCCGCCUUCCGUGCUCGCGACUGGCUGAAGGGCUCGAGACCCCAAGAUCAUUUAUUGGAUCAGAAUCGGUUCAGAGUGAACGCUGUUCAGCAGAGUCGCAUGUUCUUUUUGUAG